GGUGCUUCUUGUGAAGAGGACACAUUGGGUCUUUUGUGGGUUCAAUUUCUUUGCAGCAAGUUGAGGACAUUUGGAGCUGGACCAGUAGCAGAGGUCAUCGGCAAACUGUGAGACUUGACCUAUGGUGGGGGGAGGGUAGUAAAUAUCUGAUAUGUAGAGUAGAAAAAGUAGCGGGCUUAGAACUGCCCCCUGUGGGACACCUGCUUCAGGGGUGAAAGGUGAGGAUAUUGCUGUGGAGACCUUCACUUUAAUUGUACGGUUGUGGAGAAAGCUAGUGAUGAUGUUUCUGAUGGAGAGCGGUAGUUUGAGAUUGGAGUCUGCGAGCCGGUAACACAGUCCAUUGUGCCACAUCUUGUCAAAUGCUUUCUCUAUGUCAAAGAAAAUCACCAGGGUAAGUUAUUUUUUCUUGAAGUUCCGAAGGAUGUCCUCUGACAGUCUUAGAAUGUUAUCCGUGGUUGAUCUUGUUUUCCUGAAGCCUGCUUGGUUGAUUCCAAGUAGGCCCAUUUCCUCAGUGUGGCCACUCAGUCUUUGGGUGAGUACUCUCUCAAACAGCUUCCCGACAUGACUGAGGAGGCUGAUUGGUCUAUAACUUGUGACGUUGUAUGGGUCUUUGCCGGUUUGUGGAUCAUUGUGACAACUGCAGAUUUCCAUGGUAGGGGAAAGUAGCCUUCCAUGAGACAUGCUGUGAAGAGGUUAGAAAGGAGGUGCAGGUAUUCAUCAGGUGCUUGUUUAAUGAGUGUGCUGUCAAUGUUGUCUUCCCCUGGUGCUUUGUUUUUUGUUUUUUUUCAAGUGAGUCUUGAUUUCUUCAACGCUAACAGAGCGAGUGAGGGGAUGGUCUACUGGUGUCGAAUUUGAAGUGUACACUGUUUUCUGUAUUUCUCUGUCGACGAUGGUUUUCCAGUCUUUGUCAAAGAGAGGAUCGUUGGGACAAGAAUUAACAUUUUGUAGGUGGUUCAUUGUCUUCGAUUAGUUGGUUUUGAGACUUUAGCACGGGUAUGAUAUUAUUGGUUUUGUCUCCAUUAAUUGUUUAGAUUUUUUUUUGCCAGAAGGUCCGGGGUUUGGUGUCUGUAUCUAGCAGGUGAUAGAAGGCUGUCCACUGUUUCUGUUUGUGGAGGGUGAGUUGGUGUCUGAUGUGAUUCUGCAACCGAUUAACUUCUGUCUUCAGGUUGGGUGCUCUUGUUCUAAUAAAGUCUCUCCAGAUCUUUCUUUUCUGCUUGAUGAGACUGAGGACAUGUGGUGGGAGUUGUUGUUGUGGUGGUCUGAUGGUGGUAAGUGAGAUGGUAUCUUCCCGGGCCUGGAUCAGGAUAAUCCCUAUUCUCUCAGCCAGCUGGUCCAAAUCCUUGGGGUUCUGUGUUGUUACUGCAAUAUUUGUUAUCUUGUCUAAUGCUAUUUCUGUAUUUUUCCCCAGUCUGCUUUCUUGUAGUUGUAUCUUUGUUUUUCAGGUGCUUGUUGGAGUUGGAGAGAGGAGGCAAGGACAGGAAGGUGGUCACUUCCCAUGUCAUGGCUGACGGAGAAGCUAAGGAGUUUAGCAGCCAAGUCCGGGGAGCAGAGGACAAGAUCAAGGAUGUCUGCCGUGGAUGUUGAGGAAUGGAUGUGUGUGGGCUCGUUGGUGUUGAGGAUGGCCAGAUGUGAGUUGUAACGCUGUUGCGCAGAAGAUUUAUGUCGAACUGAAUAACACUGUACCAUGCGUCCGACUGCUCAAUGCUACACAUCAGAUUGGCUGCCAGUCCUCGAUAUCAGGUGAUACAGGGGUGAUCCAUGUCUUGGAGUCUGAGGCAGAUCUGGAAUGGCCUUUGAGCAAAGGACCCAAUCCUCCUUAUAUGGUCCUGUUGGAGUCAUCCCUCUUCACCAAGUCCAUCAUGAUGAAGAUGAAGAAUGCCUCCAGCAGGGUGGCAGGGGUUGUGGUGGUCCCAAAAACUAGCCAACCAGAGUUCUCGCCACAUACGACAUGUCCCAAUGAGAACACAGGUGUUUACACGGAAACCUAUGAUCAUAAUUUAGCGCACUGUAACACGACUGUAUGGAAUCCUCGGGGGAACGGUCUGUCCUAUGAGGAAUUUGACUUCCCUGUCUUCUCCCUGAAAGAAGACAAUGAAACAGAGGUCAUCAAACAGUGCUACUUUGAUCAUAAUCGUGUGGUGAACGGCAGUGGCCUGCAGUACCCUCUGUGUGCCAUGCAGCUCUUCUCUCAUAUGCAUGCUGUCACUGACACUGCAACCUGCAUGAGACGCAGCAGCAUGGACUUCAGCACCUCCCCAGUGAUGGUGUGUGACCCUCUUGGUGGUUAUAAUGUGUGUACUUUCAUCCGGCCUUAUAACAGCACCGCCUUUGGUCACAAGGAGAACGAGAGUGUUGUUAUAGCAGCAGCCAGGCUGGACAGCAGGGCAUUUUUCUUGGAGGAUUCUACAGGAGCGGAGGGGAGUGUCUCAGGGUUUGUCACUCUGCUGGCUGCUGCCCAGGCACUACGUGAAGCCACUCAGGAAGCCCCUCCCACACGGAAUAUCCUCUUUGCCUUCUUCCACGGGGAAGUAUUUGACUACAUUGGCAGCUCUCGAAUGGUUUAUGACAUGAAGAAUAACAUGUUUGUGAUAGACCUGGAUAAUGUUCACUCAAUACUGGAGAUUGGACAGGUAGCAGUGCGCAGUGGCACCAACCUAUUUCUUCACUCAGACCCUGUGUCCAGGAGGAACAACACCGUCCAUGACGAGGUUACGAAUCUUGUAAAAAACUUACAGUCCUCCACGGCUGGUCUCAACUUAUCAUUUGUUGAGACAGGUUUUUCUCAACCACUCCCGCCCUCCUCCUUUCAGCGUUUCCUCCGAGCUCGGGCAAUUCCAGGGAUUGUUCUUGCAGACCAUCAAACAGAUUUCAACAAUAGGUAUUAUGAGAGUUUUUAUGACAAUGCUGCCCACCUGAACCUGACUUAUCCAUCUAACUUGAGUCCAGAGGAACAGCUAGAGUUUGUGACUGAUACUGCAAAGUCUCUUACCGAGGUGGCUACUGCAGUUGCCCGCGCUCUCUUCAAGCAGGCUGGGGGAAACAACUCCCAAGUAAACAAAAUCAAUGCAGACCCCAAAACAGUGACCCAGAUGCUGUAUGGGUUUCUGGUUAGAUCCAACAACAGCUGGUUUCAGGCAGUGAUGGCCCCAGAACUGAAGGACAUCCUCCAGCCCAACCCACCCCAGUACUACGUUGGUGUUGCCAAGUCGUCCCAUCAGGCUAACGCACUGACCUAUCUGGUCCAAUAUCUCCUGGCUAAUUUAACGGGAACAGCCACCAACCUCACCCAGAGCCAGUGCAAGAAGCCAGAUGAGCUGCCAAACGAGAGCACAUAUUUGUACUCUUAUCUCUGGGUUCAGGGCGUGGUCCCACCCAACAGCACCCAGAGGGAGUCUUUCUGCGUACGCACAGCAGUACGCCUGGUCAAGGCAGUGUCCCCCGCUUUCGAUCUGGGGGAUUACGUUUCCAAAGAAUAUUCCACAUGGACAAAAUCGCAGUGGAAGUUCAUCAAAGCUCGAAUUUUCCUAGUAGCCAGCCGGGACCUGGAGAUGCUGACCUUAGGCGUGGGAGUGGCCGUGUUGUUCACAUCGCUACUGGUCACAUACUUUGUCAGUACCAAGGCAGAUGUCCUCUUCAGCUCCGUCAGGGAACCCAACAACACCGCAUACUGAUUGCCUCAUACUAACCUGUGACCAGCGACCACUACUCUUACAACCAAACAGUUUUUUUUUUUUUACACACAAUAGGUACACAGACAAAUAGACAGACAGGUUAGGGUGACCAACAGACAGGUUAGGCAGAACUGGAGGUUUUAACUCACAGUGAAUGGUCUGUUUGGACUCAAACAGAUGGGUUUUAACACAUAACCGGAUUUGAUUGGCCUGGAUGGAUGUGGACUCAACAGGGUCAGAUUGCCACCAGUGUAAAAUAUGUUCAUAUUUCAUUUUUUUUGUUUUGUCAAAUAAUGUUUUGUUUACUGUAUCAUGGGAUUAGGCACUAAACUUUUUGACCUUGAGGUGUGUGUGUGUCCAAAUGGGAGGUGAGUGUUUGCAAGUGUGUUUAUUGAGUAUGCGGUUGUAGUAUGUACAAUAGCUUUCCUGUCAUUUCUCAGGAGAAUGAAACCUUAUGUCGGGCAAAUGGACUUUGGAUGUGGGUUCAGCUGAAUGACCAUUACUAUGCUUAAACAUUCAGAUAUCCAAAUAGUAUUUUUUUUAUUUGGGUUGCAAUCUUUAAAAAUCAACUUUAUUUUAAGUCUAGACAUAAAUUGCAGGAUUUAAUAACAUCAUGCCCUCAUGUAUUGAUGGAAUUGUUAAUUGACCUGGGGUUUUUUUGUAUGUGAAGGUGAUCUCUGAUUUUGACCAACUGGGGAAUAAAUGUGAUUAUUGCCUUGAUAACAGGUUGCAAUUGUAAAUGAGAGCUGGUUCUCAACUUGCCUACCUGGUUAAAUAAAGGAGAGAGAACUAAAUAAA